CAGGAAAGAUCAGAGCAGUACCGUAUGUACUCGUUUAAAGUCAGCCAGCUCCAGCAGUUCCGGACAUUGCUGAGGAGAUGCUGGUUGUCCAUCAUCCGAAAUAAGGUGGCGACCGUGCUGCGAGUUGGUGGUGUACGCAGCGUUUGCGGCGAUGUCCAUCAUCCUUUUCUAUGACACGGGCAGCCGCGCCACCACGGUGGUGCACAGCGUCAAGCUCUACUUCGUCGUGGUCUGCAUUUGCGUCGUCCAGACCGUGUUCCCUUCGACGGUUGUGUUUCCAGUGGAGGUGUCUGUAUUAGUCAGGGAGCAGCGAAAUUGUUGGUACGGUCUCAAAGCGUACUGCCUGGCGUACUACAUUGCAGAACUGCCGUUUCUAGUUCUUCCCAUAACAUUGUAUAUGGGUGCCAUCUAUUACCCGACGGCGCAGCCGCAGGAGCUCUGGCGCUUUGCCGCUAUGCUACUAUUCACCAUCCAGCUGUGUGGCGUUUCACAAGCCAUUGCGCUCGCAACGUCAGCACUCUGCACCGCGCAGUCAGCGGCAACAGUGGCAUUUCCCAUCGUAUCGCCGGCGUUCAUGUUCUGUGGUGCUUUCGCGCCUCGCCAGAUGCUUACGCCAUACGUGAGCUGGCUCACGGAGGUGUCAUUCGUCAACCACGCUUACAACGGCCUUCUGCUCUCGGCCUACGGCUACGGCCGUGCCAAGUUUCCGUGCAGCGACUUCAUAUGUGUGUACGACGACCCUGACGAGCUUCUCCGAAGCGCCGGAGUGGAAGACAGGACAAUCCACGAGUUCUGCCUUAUCCUUCUCGCUAUGGAGAUUGUCAUUCGCAUCCUAGGAUUCUUUCUACUCAGGUUCAGGCUCUCAAGAAAGAAUUGACCGAAUGCACUCUUAGUGAGCAUUGGCCGUCAAAUACGGACAUGCCCUGGACGGAUUGUAUACGUCUUCGGCUACCCAGUAUUUACGUUUUCUUACGGGCUGGGAAGAACAAGCGCGACUUUUCCGCCCAUGCUGCGGCAUCAAUGAGUGAUGCCGCUACUCCGUGACACACUAGUCAAUGUAAUCGGCUAGCUGCAGCGCUGCCAACUAUGGGCGCAUUUUCGGCGGCAACAUUCGGCCGUGUUAUUUGUGGAGCGGUGGAGAGGACGCUGGGAAUGGGGCUUGGCCUUCCAGGGGAUUCGCUACUCGUGACGUCACAGUGUUACCUCUCUUAGUCAUUGAAGCAGCGCGCCGGUAAGGACAGUCUUUCGCGCGAUGUUUACUUUCUUCCACGAAUGAUGCCUCCGGAGAAUUAAUGUGUUUUAUACAAACAGGCUCACGUGCACCGUAAGCAAAGCACUCUUAGUCUCUAGAAGCGUGACAAAUAGGAAUGAUUGAAACAUGUAACUCAUCGUUCUCCACAUUUCACGGAAAAGUUCUCUGGUAUCAAGUGCAAUGAUAUGUCAGCCUUCUGAAGUCAAUCCGAAGAGGCAGAGCUGUGUAAUUACCUGGUUCGAAAAGGUACAGAACCGAGGCUGCAGUUGAAGUCGGCAGACAACUUGAAGCCUAGGGAAUUUUACAUCAGCGGCAGCAGCAGUAUGACAUCGCAGAGCACGGUAAAUGAGAAAGAACAACGCAGGGUUCUUCUAUUACACUUGACGGGUUUGUUUUUAUGAUU